AUGUCGCCUCAGGUCCUAGCCCUGCCACGUCUCUCGACAAAACCACAAGUACAGAACGUCACUACAUCGACGAUUGGGAUAGAAUGGAAGAAAGACUACGAUGGUGACGGGCCCGUUUGCGGUUUCAUCGUCGAGCUUAAGGCUCCGGAUUCAACUUCGUGGACGAGUGUCGGAUUCGUCUCCUUCGACGAUGACCAGGACGAUUUCGAAUACACGAUUGACAGACUCGAUGCUGGCGCCCUCUACGGGAUUAGUGUUAUAAUUCUACACUGCUCCAACAGAGAAGGUGAAACGGGUCCGGAGAUCAGCCGGUCAACAGAGGACUAUUUAAAGAACGUCACUACAUCAACGAUUGGGAUAGAAUGGAAGGGAGCUUACGAUGGUGACGGGCCCGUAUGCGGUUUCAUCGUCGAGCUUAAACCUCCGGAUUCAACUUUGUGGAUGAGUGUUGCAUUCGUCUCUUUCGAAGAGAAGGAGGCCGAUUUCGAAUACAUAAUUGACAGACUCAAUGCCGGCGCCCUCUACGGGAUUAGCAUUAUCAUUCUGCACUGCUCCGGCAGAGAAGGAGAAAGGGGUCCUGACAUCAGUCAGUCAACAGAGGACUAUGUUCUACCCAGCUUGUCCCAUCGGCCUAACGCGACAGCAAUUGGAACGUCAUACGUAGUUUUCCGGUGGCAAGAUCAACAUGCUGGCGAUGGGCCCAUAUGUGCCUAUGCAAUUGAUAGAAGGAGCUUCAGCGACGAUAUCCCAUCGUGGUUGGCGGUUGGUUUUGUGUCCGCUCAACCAGGUUCCCUGCCCAGAGAAGAGCUUACAUUCAAUGUAACUGGCCUGGAACCCGAUACGGACUACAAGGUCUCGGUGAGACCUGUUCUUUGCGAUGGGGCAAGGACAUCUGAACUUGGCGAGGGGCCGAUACUUUCUCUAACAACGCCCUCCAUUGUUCUGCCUACGUUGGUUGAAGCUCCUCAAAGUACAAACCUGUCCUCUAAUAACGUGACCAUCCGGUGGACCAAUCAGCAUCAAGGAGACGGGCCAAUCUGUGGAUACGGAAUCAACAUCAAGACAAACGACGACAAAGAACGCGGUGGUGAUGAUGACAGUGAUCCAUGGGGAAGCGUGGGGUACGUGUCGGUGGAGAGCGAGCUACAGUUCGAUGUCGGUCACCUAGAGCCGAAUACCACGUACCAAGUCGCAGUUUCUGUAAUCAAUUGCAUAUCUUCUCGGGAAGGUCCACGGGAACCAAUACUGCAGUUCACCACCACGACUGUGACAAUUCCUGUGGUCGUUCUGCCUACGUUGGUUGAAGCUCCUCAAAGUACAAACCUGUCCUCUAAUAACGUGACCAUCCGUUGGACCAAUCAGCAUCAAGGAGACGGGCCAAUCUGUGGAUACGGAAUCAACAUCAAGACAAACGACGACAAAGACCGCGGUGGUGAUGAUGACAGUGAUCCAUGGGGAAGCGUGGGGUACGUGUCGGUGGAGAGUGAGCCACAGUUCGAUGUCGGUCAUCUAGAGCCGAAUACCACGUACCAAGUCGCAGUUUCUGUAAUCAAUUGCAUAUCUUCUCGGGAAGGUCCACGAGAACCAAUACUGCAGUUCACCACCAAGACUGUGACAAUUCCUGUGGUCGUUCUACCCAGCUUGUCCCAUCGGCCUAACGCGACAGCAAUUGGAACGUCCUACGUAGUUUUCUGGUGGCAAGAUCAACAUACUGGCGAUGGGCCCAUAUGUGCCUAUGCAAUUGAUAGAAGGAGCUUCAGCGACGAUAUCCCAUCGUGGUUGGCGGUUGGUUUUGUGUCCGCUCAACCAGGUUCCCUGUCCAGAGAAGAGCUUACAUUCAAUGUAACUGGCCUGUAACCCG